UAUGCUGGGUUCAAAAUAUCGUCAACUUUAAAGAUUACGUUCCACCAGAACAAAUGUAUAUUUCCUUUUCACACGUUUGUCUGGCUUGCUCGUAUUAGCUUAUUUUUAUGUAGAUGAGUGAGGAAAUGGUCAUCCGUCAUACGUAUGUGUCAACCCCUCCAGUCUCGCCACCACUUUUCAGGCAGCAGAUACAUACAUAUACAAAUACAUGGCGUCUUCCAUCUCCACAGCACAAAUCCUCCUCAAAGGCACCGACGUUCCCAAAUUAAUCAACAUCAUUGACAAAGACAUGCACCUGUUGAAGAAUUGGGAGGACUUCUGCGACCUUUUGGCUGCUUCGAAUUCUGAUAAACUUUCUUGGAGGAGAGGCAUUAAUAGUGGGAACAUGACGUACAGUGGAGUUUUCAAGGAAAUUUUGGUAGGCUGGAUCGCCAAUGAUAGGACGGUGGAAAACCUGGCAGAACUUUUGGACGCAGCAGGCUACAAAAUGACUGCAAGACAUAUCCGUGAGGCUUUUGUGGAGGAACACUAAAAAGUUUAAUUUCUAAAAUUAAAUGUUUAUCUAAAUUUAUUUUUUACAUUUUGUUAUUUAUAAAUAUGUAACGUGGCAAGUAGUUGGCGGAGUAAAUACAAUUUGCGAAUGUUUCUACUUUUCUACAUGUGUAA